AUCUGCUCACAUUUUGUGAAAAAAGGAACCAACGAUGAGGUAGUGAGGGAAGUGAUGCAGUUCUUCUGCAUUAAAAUGCCGAAAUUCGCCGAAGAAUUGAGAAAAGCUUGUCCCGAUAUCGGCGAAGAAUAUUUCGGGAAGUGGGAAGAGAUCCCUGAAAAUGAGGUCGUUGCGGUACCAAGUCCAUCUGAAAUCAACGAACAUUUAAGCGGCGGUACGGAUGAAUGGCGUCUGAUUGUGUCAUUAGAUGUGGACGAGAUCAAAUCUUUGUAUGCCAAACUGGGAGGCAAAAUAAACGUCCCACGUCGUGUAAGUAUGCCAUUUGCAUAUGCACCUGCCAUUUCAGUGUCGAGCAGGUUCCAAAGAGAACAACAUAUUUUCAUGGCAAAAUCUAAUUUUUGCUAUAAUUCAUGUAAAUUUCAUUGUGUGCUUCUAGCUCCAUUAAAUCGCUUGUUACUGUCGGCUACUUGCCUCGAUCCUUCACUUUUUCGUUCUUUCCAUUCACAACACAAAACGCAUAUUGUCACGGGGUUGUCUGUGCGUGUGUGUCCCACAUUUUGUCCCGCACUUUCAACUCACGAACCACAAAAGCUAGACUGCUGA